AACUUUACGUCUUACCAUUUGCGGCAACAUCGGAAGUAUUUCGCGUUGUUUAGUUAUUAUUUAGAGAAAAUCGAUCAUUUAUCUUAAUAUUAAUAUAUUUCACAUAAAUAUCAAUUAAAAAUGGCUGAUGUACUCGAUAUUGAUAACGCGGAAGAGUUUGAAGUUGAUGAGGAUGGUGAUCAGGGCAUUGUACGUCUAAAGGAGAAAGUCAAGCACCGCAAGGGUCGCGGAUUUGGUAGCGAAAGUAAUUCCCGAGAGCCCAUACAAAGUUAUGAACGCGUACGUCACGAAGAUGAGGAUGAACUUGAGCCGGGUCCACAACGUUCCGUUGAGGGCUGGAUAUUAUUUGUUACUUCAAUACAUGAGGAAGCCCAGGAAGACGAUAUACAAGAGAAAUUUUGUGAAUUUGGUGAUAUUAAGAAUAUUCACUUGAAUUUGGAUCGACGAACCGGUUUCUCCAAAGGUUAUGCGCUAGUCGAAUACGAGACCCAUAAAAACGCGUUGGCGGCAAAAGAAGCAUUGCACGGUACCGAAAUUAUGGGUCAAGUUAUACAGGUAGAUUGGUGUUUUGUGAAGGGACCGAAGCGUAUGAAGAAAUCAGAGAAGCGAAGGAGAUAAAAACUGAAUAAAUGCUGAUAUUAUAUCAAAUAAAUAUGUUAAAAAACUAUUUAAAAUGAUUUCCGUGUAAUGUGUAUUUAAAAAUACAAUAAAUGAAACUGAUAUCCAGA